CCAUAUUGGAAGGAGGAUUUGGCUCGAGCAGCUGAAAGAGACACGGCUCGCGCUGUCUUCAACCAAACGAAAAGAGCUCGUGAAUAAAGACGUGGAAAAAAACUUGAUUGCGGCUGGGCGACGGCGUUGCAUGCUCUGAGAAUCGGGUUGGUGACAAGAGGUUACCACGACAACGACCGCUGCAGGAUGCAGUCGUCAGCUGGCGCGCAGGAGCGGUUGAUGAUGUCAUCGGGUGGGCCAAGCACAAGUCCGUCCAAUGGGAAGCUGGAGCGGCAGGUCUCAGAUGCCGAGUCUGGAGAAGAGGAAAUGGACUUUAACUGGGACGAAUAUCUGGAGGAGAAUGGAGCUACUGCUGCCCCCUACACGUCAUUCAAACAUGUGGAGAUCAGCCUGCAGAGCAGCUUCCAGCCCGGCAUGAAGCUGGAGGUGGCCAAUAAGGGCAGCCCGGACACCUACUGGGUGGUCACCAUCAUCACCACCUGUGGCCAGCUGCUGUUGCUACGCUACUGUGGCUACGGAGAUGACCGUAAGGCGGACUUUUGGUGCGACGUCAUGACGGCGGACCUGCACCCUGUGGGCUGGUGCACACAGAACAACCGAGUCCUGAUGCCGCCGGAGGAUGACGUUUACCUAAGAAAAGCCAUUAAGGAGAAGUACAGCGACUGGACAGACUUUCUGGUGCAGGACCUGACUGGCUCACGGACCGCUCCAGCCAACCUCCUGGAAGGGCCCUUGCGGGGCAAGAACACAGUUGAUCUGAUCGAGGAAGGGUGUGUGUUGGAGCUUCAGAGUGUGUGUGAGCCGUGCUCAUACUGGCCCGCUCGCGUCCUGCGGAACGUGGGUGGACGCCUCCGGCUUCGUUACGCCGGCCUAGACGACCAAUCACACGACUCCUGGAUCUUCUACCUGGACACAAGGCUCCGCCCCCUGGGUUGGGCUUCAGAGAACAGCCUAUCCUUGCAGCCACCCAAAGAACUCAAUGACACAAAGACAGCCGACCAAUGGCAGGAGGCCCUGGAGUGCAUCAAAUCAGAGUCACAAACCAGACCACUCCCACUGGAGGUGUUCAAGGACCAUGCAGACCUGCAUAAACACUCUUUUAAGGUCGGAAUGAAGCUUGAGAUGAUAUCACCACAGGAGCCAAUACACAUUUGUCCGGUGUCUGUGACAAAGGUGUACAGCGAAUAUUACUUCCAGGUCACUGUGGAUGACCUCACCACUGAAGCCCCGCCCAGCUCGGUUGUGUGCCAUGCUGAUUCGCUGGGCAUCCUGCCUAUCCAGUGGUGCUUGAAGAAUGGGGUGGGGCUGGCACAUCCCAGAGGUUUCCAGAGCCAGGACUUUGACUGGGCCGACUACCUGAAAAACAGCGGCACGGAGGCAGCCCCCGAUGCCUGUUUCCCUGAUACCUCACAGAGUCGGGGCUUCUGCAAGGAGAUGUGGUUGGAGGCGGUGAAUCCAUGGCGACCAGAAGAGAUCUGUGUCGCACGCAUCACUCAGGUCAAAGGUCAUCUCCUGUGGCUUAGACUGGAAGGCUCGGCCAAAUCCAUCCCAGAAUGCAUUGUGGAUGCGGAGUCCAUGGCCAUCUUUCCUGUGGGAUGGUGUGACGCCAACAGCUACCCACUAACGCCCCCCAUAAAACCUAUCUGUCAAAAGCAGCGUAAAGUGGCAGUGGUCCAACCGGAGAAACAAGUGACACCACCACCAUCUGUGGAGAAUGUUCCCAUCAAUCUUUGUCAACCUGUUGCUAUGGAUACAGGCUCUGUGAAUGGGAGGUACAGUUGUCCACAGAUCUUCGUGAACCACCGCUGUUUCUCAGGGCCCUACCUCAACAAGGGACGCAUCGCUGAGCUACCACAGGCUGUGGGCCCUGGAAAAUGCACACUGGUCCUUAAAGAGGUUCUGAGUAUGCUGAUAAACGCUGCCUAUAAGCCUGGGCGAGUCCUGAGAGAACUCCAGAUGGUGGAGGAUCCACAGUGGAACUUUCAGGAGGAGACACUGAAAGCCAAGUACAAAGGGAAGAGCUACCGCUCGACCAUCAGGAUAGUGCGUGUGGCCGAGCAGGUGGCGGACUUCUGCCGCAAAGUGUGUCUGCGGCUCCAAUGCUGCCCAAACCUCUUCAGCCCAACACUGGUGUCCGACAAGUGCCCUGAGAACUGCUUUGUGCAGACCAAGACCAAAUACACAUAUUAUUAUGGGAAGAAGAAGCGGGUUGGACGGCCGUCUCUGGGAGAGAACUCUCCGGAAAGCGAGAUGGCGAAACCGGCACGGCGGAGGAAGAAGCGCAAGUCCAUCUUCGUCCAGAAGAAACGCCGAUCCUCCACCGUGGACUACACACCCGCGGGCUCACCACAGGACAGUGAUGAGAAUGAGGAAGAUGAAGAUAUGUCCCUCAGUGAUGAAGACUCCAGCUCAGAGCCGCGUGAGGAGAGAAGGGAGGCUCCAGCCAGGGGGAGGCCGCGGCGCGCUGUGACCCAGCAUCGAGCCUCCUUCCCUGGGCAGA